UUUUAAAUUUGUGACAGUAGAAUUUUAUAACUUGUUUAAAUUCAAGUAUUUUAUUUUAAUUAAAUAAAUAAAAUUUUAUUAAAAAUGAAAAAUUUUAUUGGAUUAUUGGUAUUCGCUUUAGUUAUAUUAAAUGCUAAUGCUAAUCCACCAGAAGAAUUCAAGGAAAAAUUUCGAGAAGUUAAUGCUAAAUGUGCCGAAGAAAGCAAAGUUGAUAAAAGCGAAUUAGAACGUUUUAAAAGUGGUGAUUUUGCCGGCGCUUCACCGGAAUUCAAAUGUUAUUCAAGUUGCUUUGCUAGAGAAAUGGGUUUUAUCGCAAAUGGUGAACCAAAUACCGAAAAAAUGAAGGAAGUUUUCUCAAAAAUGCCAAAAUUUAGUGAAGAAAAAUUCAACAGAAUUGUAAAUGAAUGUAAAUCUGAAUAUACUGGUGAAGAUGAUUGUGAAAAGGGUUUUAAUUACAUGGCUUGUGAAAAGAAAAUAAUGUUUUCCUAAAAACUAAUUAGAAUUUAAAGGUAACUAACUGAUUUAUAAAAUUAUGAAAAAGAUAAUCGCUUAAGGAACAAUAAAUAUUUUAUGUUCAAA